AUGGUCAGCACUCGCUCGCACGACAACCACGACGCCGACACGGGCGACAAGCGCACCGCCGAGCCCGCGCCCCCGACCGCCCACGCGAGCAAGCGGCACAAGGUCGACAAGGUCGUCGCGCAGCCCAAGCGCGCCGACGACGGCGAGGGCAGCAGCACCGGAGCGGCCAAGGAGCAGGACAAGGCGCAGCCGGCCGCCGAGGAGGAGCAGCAGGGAGCGCAAGGCGGCGGCGAGGACAAGGGCGGCGAGCAGCAGGCCGGCGACGAGAAGAAGGGCGACGAGACCAAGACCGCCAGCUCGACGGCGGACGAGCAGUCGAGUACGGCCAAGCCGGACGGCAUGGGCGAGGCCAAGCGCGACGAGGAGCCGCAGGGCGACGUCGUCGAGCACAAGGCGGGUCCGGGUGAAGCCCUCUCGCACGCGCCCAAGGUCAACGCCGACCGCAAACACGGCAUCAUCGAGAAGGGCUACGUCUACUUCAUCUUCCGCCCCAAGGUCGAGACCGAGCACCCCGAGUCGCUCGACGACGUAGCUCGCUUCCACCUCCUCCUGUCGCCCGAGGGCGAGAAGAUCCACCGCCUCAUCGUCAUCGGCAAGAAGGCGCUCCCCGAGGCGGGCGAGUCGUCGCGCCCGAUCUGGGGCCAGGUCGACGGCGUCGCCGACGACCUCAAGCAGUUCAAGGACGGCCUCGCCGCCUACACGUACGAGACCAAGACGAUGGGCACGCGGCAUCAGCCGGGAGCGCGCGUCGCGGCGGCGGGGGCUUACGUCCUCCACACGACCGAGCACCCGCCCGAGAACUCGUCGAACGCGUCGGCCGUGUACCACACCCACUUUGCCUACGAGAUCGCGGUCCCGCACGACAUGGGCGAGGUGCAGAAGGCGCUCCACCUCCAGCACGAGGGCUCGUUCACGCUGCAGGUCAAGAACUUCGACUCGGCGUCGACCAACCCGACGGUCGGCAAUCAGCCCGAGAGCAAGCACCCGCAGUUCCCUCCCGAGCUCAAGCACCUCUUCACGACCAAGUUCAUCCCGGCCAACCCGCCCUCGCUCCUCAACUACCCCGGCGCCGAGCUCCUGCUCGUCCCCUCGAAGCACACGGCCAAGGAGGACAUCGGCGACGCGGCGGAGAAGGAGCUCGACGACGAGGACAAGGCGCUCGAGAAGGAGAUCGACCAGCAGGAGGGCGGCGGGAGCGAGGCCAAGAAGGUGUUGAAGGAGAUGGGCUUCGAGGGCCUCCAGGGCGCCGAGGCGCUCCAGGGCCACUGGGAGUGAGCAUGGGACUCGAGGCGAGGCGAGGCGAGGCUUCUGCAGCUUGAGACGUCUGUGUAGCGUCGACCGGAACGAUCAGUGCCAUCUGUCG